CACCACAAAACCCGCAAACCAUGGCCGACAACCAACCCGCUGCCGGCGAUGCCGUCGCCGAGGUCACGGGCGAGAUGAUCUCCAAGACGGAGCUCAAGAAGCGCCAGAAGGCCCGCGAGAAGGAGGCCGCCAAGAAGGAGAAGGAGGCUGCCCACAAGGACAAGAAGCCCGCGCAGGCCGCUGGCAACAAGAACGCCGAGGCUGCUGAGAAGGAGCUCACCCCCAACCAGUACUUUGAGAUUCGAUCAAGAACCGUCAACGAGCUCCAUGCCAAGGGCAAGGCUUACCCCCACAAGUUCCAUGUCACAUACGACAUCCGCAAGUUUGCCGAGGAAUUCUCCAACCUCAAGAACGGCGAGUACGACAAGAGCAAGAUGCUUUCGCUCGCUGGCCGAGUCUACGUCCGACGAUCUGCAGGCAGCAAGCUGUACUUUUAUGAUAUUCGCUCCGAGGGCGUUCGUCUCCAAGUCCUUGCCCAGGCUGACAACCGCGAGGAGGGCACUCCCGACUUUGACGAGCAGCACCUCCACCUCCGCCGUGGUGAUAUCAUCGGCAUCCGAGGCUACCCUACCCGAACCAACCCCAAGACCAAGCAGGGAUCCGGCGACUACUCCGGUGAACUUUCUAUUGCGGCCGUUGAAGUCAUUCUUCUGUCGCCCUGCUUGCACCAGAUCCCCGAUGACCACUAUGGCUUCAAGAACCCCGAGCAGCGGUUCCGCCAGCGAUACCUCGAUCUCAUGAUGAACGACAACGUCCGAAACGUCUUCAUCACCCGUGCCAAGGUUGACUCUUACAUCCGCCGCUGGUUCGACGACCGGGACUUCAUCGCCGUGCAGACCCCCAUGCUCAACGCCAUUGCUGGUGGCGCCACCGCUAAGCCUUUCAUCACCCACCACAACGAUCUGGAUAUGGACAUGUACCUCCGUAUCGCCCCUGAGCUGUACCUCAAGAUGCUCGUCGUCGGUGGCCUGAACCGAGUCUACGAGAUGGGCCGACAGUUCAGAAACGAGAGCAUGGACUUGACUCACAACCCUGAGUUCACCACUCUCGAGUUCUAUAUGGCUUACGCCGAUUACUAUGACCUCAUGGACAUGACCGAGGAGCUCGUCACCGGCCUCGUCAAGCACAUCCACGGUUCUUACAAGACCAAGUACCACAACAUCAAGGGCGAGGAGGUUGAGAUCAACUGGGAGGGCCCCUGGCGCCGCAUUGAGAUGAUUCCCACCCUGGAGGAGUGUGUCGGCGAGAAGUUCCCUCCUGCCGACGAGCUUCACACCGACGAGGCCAACGAGUUCUUCCGGAGAAUCCUCAAGAAGACUGGUGUUGAGUGCAACCCGCCUCUGACCAACGCCCGCAUGCUGGAUGCUCUCGUUGGAGAGUUCCUCGAGUCUCAAUGCAUCAACCCCACCUUCAUCACUGGCCACCCCAAGAUGAUGUCUCCUCUGGCCAAGAGCUCCCGCGACACCCCCGGCCUUUGCGAGCGAUUCGAGGCCUUCGUCUGCAAGAAGGAGAUUGUCAAUGCAUACACCGAGUUGAACGUUGCUGCUGAGCAGCGUGAGCGAUUCGAGGAGCAGGCCCGACAGAAGGCUCAGGGUGACGAUGAAGCGCAGGGCGUCGACGAGACCUUCUGCCGCGCCCUCGAGCACGGCCUCCCCCCCACUGGUGGCUGGGGCAUGGGUAUCGACCGAAUGAUGAUGUUCUUGACCGACAACUACAGCAUUAGAGAAGUCCUGGCCUUCCCUACCAUGAAGCCGGAGCAGACUGUCGGCGUGACUGAGAAGGCUGCCGAGGGCCUCGGACAGGCAUAGACGAGUGCUUGAAACG